AUGGUGAACUCUCCAUCUCUUAUAAAGCUUGAUCUCCACAACAACACUCUGAAUGGUCCAAUUAAUCCCAACCGUUCUGUGAUGACUCGUCUCAUGUCCCUUCAUCUUGGUUCUAAUAAUUUCCAUGGUCCAAUCCCCCAUAGCAUGUCCUCUUGCAAGAGCUUGAGCAUGCUGCAUCUUGGCCACAACAACCUUCCGGGUCAGGAGGAGCAAAUGCCCACUGGUGUGAAUUUGCAAUUCAGAAGCCUCAAGGUACUCAGCGUUGCCUAUUGUGAACUAAGGGGUUCCUUUCCACUCUGGUUACGUGGUUGCAACAUGUUACAGUUCCUGGAUCUGUCGAGGAAUCGUUUGAGCGGAUCCAUUCCCUUGUGGUUCAACAGGUUCAAAUAUCUCUUUUACGUGGAUUUGUCAAAAAAUUCUUUCACUGGUGGGAUACCAAAAAGCUUAACUGAACUAGAGGGCCUCAUUGACAUGAACAUCUCACUGGAAGGGCCUUCUCUGGGCUUCCCAUUAUUCAGAACUGCUACAGAUGUUGCAACUUUUGGUUACAACAAUAUUUGGAGCUUUCCGCCAACUCUAGACCUGAGUUACAAUAUUCUAAGUGGACCCAUUUUGCCCACUAUUGGGAAUUUGAGAAGGCUACAUGUUCCAAAUCUCAAUCGGAAUCACCUCUCAGGAUCGAUUCCAGAGAGUCUGUCAGGAAUGACAAACUUGGAAAUUUUGGAUUUGUCCCAUAACAAAUUAUCUGGAGAGAUACCUAAUUCACUAGUGCAGCUCAGUUUUCUGUCAAAGUUCAGUGUGGCAUAUAAUGAGCUUUAUGGGGAAAUCCCAGCUGGAGGUCAGUUCAUGACUUUCCCUUAUUCAAGCUUUGGAGGGAACAAUGGCCUUUGUGGUAGAAGCUAUACUCCAUGUCAGCCUGAACAUGCUCCUACCAUUUCUCCUGGUGAACAAAUGAUAAUAUUUGGUUCUCAAUUUGGAUAUGGAGUUGUGACUGGUUUUCUUCUCACCAUCACCAUCUGCUUUAUGUCCGGUUGGAUCCUUCCAAGAGGGUCACCGUUUGGAGUGCUGAAUCCAAGACAAACUGAUACCAGCUAG